GGUUAUAUAUAUAUGACAUCCGAUUCGGCGUACUGAAGGCCUCAACAAAGUGAAUAUUCCUGGUAUUAGUACAACUUAUUUCAAGGUGUUGGGAUGGGAAAAGCCGUCUGCAUCAUUGGAUCAGGAAACUGGGGAUCCGCCAUUGCAAAAAUUGUUGGUAACAAUGUACGAGAGCGGUCUGAGUUAUUUGAUCCGUUGGUACGGAUGUACGUUUACGAGGAAAUGGUUGACGGAGAAAAGCUUACUGAGCUCAUAAAUACAAAACAUGAAAAUGUGAAGUACCUACCUGGGGUUCAGCUUCCAGACAAUGUGGUAGCUGUGCCGAACCUCCUGGAGGCGAGUAAGGAUGGUGAUAUCUUCAUAUUCGUGCUACCCCAUCAGUUUGUCAUGAACAUUUGUACGACAAUGAAAGGCAAUAUAAAGAAGGACUCCAUAGCUGUAUCUCUCAUCAAGGGCGUAUCUAUAAUGGAGAGUGGUAUCAAACUAAUAUCGGACGUGAUCACAGAGGAACUUGGUAUCCAUUGUUCGGCCAUGAUGGGUGCUAACCUAGCUGGAGAAGUGGCUCAAGAACAGUUCUGUGAAUCUACAAUAGGAAGCACAAAUGAAAAGAAUGGGAAGCUCCUUAAGAGGCUAUUUGAGACACCAUAUUUUCACUGUAUGAUUGUGAACGAUACUCCUACUGUUGAGAUCUGUGGAGCAUUAAAGAAUGUUGUGGGUAUAGGAGCUGGUAUCGUGGAUGGUAUGGGAUACGGUGACAACACAAAGGCUGCAGUUAUACGUCUAGGACUUAUGGAGAUGAUCAAAUUUGCUGAUCUUUUCUCACCUGGGUCUCAAACUAGCACAUUUUUCCAAAGUUGUGGUAUAGCCGACUUGGUUGCAACCUGUCAUGGAGGCAGGAAUCGCAUGCUGGGAGAAAGUGUUGUCCGGUCCUCCAAGACUGUCAAGCAACUAGAAAAAGAACUGUUGCAUGGUCAGAGUUUUCAAGGACCCCUGGUGGCUCGAGAGAUUUACCACAUUUUGGAAACCAAGCACAUGCUUGACCAAUUUCCAAUGUUUAUGUCGGUACACAAGAUCUGCGAGAGAGAUAUGGAGCCCAGUGAAUUUGUAUCCUGUUUACGGAAUCACCCAGAACACAUGUAGAGCUUCCUUUGUGAUAAUGGUACAUUAUAAUGAAAUGUAGAUACAUUUAUGUCUGUUGUACAGUCCCUAGAUAUAAAGCUACAAACCAAAUCUGUCGUCCCAACUACAGCUAGAACGGUUACAUACAGGAUCAGAAACUGUGUCGGUCUUCCACUGUAUAGUGGUGAUGUGGUGUCUGAUGGAAGUUCUGGAAAGAUAUCUAAGUGACGACUAAGUUGCUGGUCCAAUCUGGGAAACGGAGAAACAGAGAAAAACACUACUUAAAUUCAUCCUCACAAAACGAUGUUCUACCAGUUGGCGGUUAAUGCUUUAAUUUGACUGAAACAUAUCAAGAACCACACUAAACCAUACAUAUGACUAUGACACCAGGGUGAUGGGCAGAGGGGCAUGGAAAAGUGGUCAAUGACUCACAACGAGUACUAAUUUAAACACAUUCUCCUCAGAAACCAUCUGCUCGAAUUUCAUGUUAGUGAUCGUCCGUUAAUGAGGGUCUAAUUCUCCACUCAAGAAGGGACAUACAAGAGGCUCAGGGCCAUAAGUGGUUAAGCAGUACUAGUGCAAAACUAGUUUUUAGGUCACCUGAGACGAAGUCUUAAGUAACCUAUUCUAAUCACCUUUCGUCUGUCUUCCGUUCAUAAACAAUUUACAAUUUUGAAUUCUUCUCAAUUACCAAGAGGCCUAGAGACCUGAUAAUGGGCUUAUUACAUGCAGGUGUGAAGGGCUAUCAAGUUUGUUAAAAUGAAUGACCUUGACCUUCAUUCAAGGUCACAGGGGUCAAAUAUGUUGAAAUCUUUAAAUGACUUCUGCACACUAAGCAAGUGGCCCAGAGAUCUUAAAUUGGGCCUAAAACAUAAUGGGGGUGAAUGACGUUGACCUCAAAUUCAAGGUCACAGAAAUCAAAUCUGCCAAAAUAUAUCAAAAUGCAGGGAAUUGUUGAGGCCCAUGGGCAUCUUGCUGACUAAAAUGUCAUUUUUAUGAAUAUGGGUGGUAAACAUACACCACCACAGUGGUAGAUCUAAAAAGAAACACGGACAAUUCACAGAUGUGGAGUGUCCUAUAACUUAAUGUGACUCAAAAUUUUUAUGUCCCUCCAUUCAUCUUUUUUACAGCCAUGACAAAACAGAUCUGUUCAAACAUUAACAUAUUUCAUGAUACCUAGUAGGGUAUCUCAGAAAUUUUGUUUAAAUGGAAUGUUUUUAAAAGUUGAAAAACUUGUUUCAGAAAUCCAGUUUAAUAUGUAUUAUUAUUUGUUUAUCACUUUGUAUAUAUAUAUAUACACAGGACGGAAUCUAAUUUAUAUUUAUGGAAUUAUUACCAAUAUAUACACGUUUCAAUCCUGAAAUCCAGUUUCAAUAUGUGGUAUGUAUUACGUAUCAUUAUUUAUCACUUUGUAUGUUUAUACAUAGAAUGGAAUCUAAUUUACUAGUAUAUUUAUUGAAUUAUAAUCAAUACAUACACAUUUCAAUCCUGUUGUACUUUGUGAUAUCCUGUAGCAUAUCUUAGUAUUUGAAUAAAUAUGGUUUACGUUUAAAAUUAUGAUAAAUAUUUCCUUCCUUAUAUUCAUAUUCAAAACAGCAAAUAAUUUUUGAAAAACAGAAAAUAACAGAACAAUUUUUUUUCUUCAAAAUAAUGGUUCAUUGCAUGCUUCCCAAGAUUAAAUCCUGCAUUAUUUUACCUCAAGUGAAUAAAGAAUCCUUGCCAACUUUGUGUUGUCUAGUGCCUUGUGUCAACUG